CUCAGUCAGCGAAAAAGACUGUAGAAGGAUUAAAUUCUCUUGUUGAAUGCAUCGCCUAUGAUUUACAGCUUGAUAGUUCGAAUGCGUUACCGAUUGUGAAAGAAUAUGAUAUUAUAAUCGACGCGACUGAUAACGUGGCAACGCGCUAUCUACUUAAUGACGCGUGUGUAAUUACUGGAAAGCCGUUGAUAUCGGGGAGUGCAUUACGCAUGGAAGGACAAUUGACAACUUACAAUUAUCGUGGUGGUCCAUGUUAUCGUUGUUUACAUCCAAAGCCUCCACCACCUGAGACUGUGACUAAUUGCGCUGAUGGCGGAAUUUUGGGAGUUGUCACCGGCAAAUCUGAUUGUGAGGUAUGUGGGGAUAGCCCAUCAAUAACCGAAUUGCAGGAUUAUGUACAAUUUUGUGGGAGUGGUGCUCUAGAUAAGUCUCCUACUGUCAGAUUACUUGGAAAGGAAGAACGUAUCAAUCCAAAGGAGUACGCGGCUAUUCGUGCACAGAAAACACGUCAUAUCUUGCUUGACGUACGGGAAAAAGUUCAAUUUGAAAUUUGCCAUCUACCCGACUCAAUAAAUAUCCCAUUACGCGAACUACCCGAAAGGCUCGAAGAAAUAAGAAAGGCAUUACCGUUCUCAAACACGCCGGUAUAUUCAAUAUGUCGACUGGGAAAUGAUUCACAGCAUGCAGUGCCUUUAUUGCGAGGAAUCACUCAAGGGGAAAUAAAAGAUGUGAUUGGCGGGUAUUAUCAAUGGUCAAAGGAUGUUGAUCCAAAUUUUCCUGUCUAUUAA